AGGGAGGAGGGCUGGCGGCGUACAGCGUCUGCCCCUUUCUUUCCCUCUUUCUCUCUCUCUCUCUCUCUUGGUUUUCCACAAAGCGUCUUGCUGCCGGGAGCCUGAGAUCUGAAGGCUAGACACAGGGCUGCCAGGCUCUCCUCCUUUCUGCCCCACUAGCAAGGGGUGGCGGAAGCGUUUACUUGGAGGGGGAUGCUGUAGAAGACCAGAGGCAAAGGCAAGCAGUGGCUCUGGCAGCAGCCAGUCAUCCUGCCCCAAAGGGCCAAAAGCAAUGAAGAUAACACUGACACCAAGUGCCCUUUUGCUCAUCUGCCUGAUAAUCCAGGCGUAUUGCAAUGAGAAGGAUGCGGAGCAGAGGCCUGGAGCAGCAACACAGCCUCCGCCACCCCAGCAUCACACUUCCAGGCCCGAGAAUCACCAUGAGAAAUACAGCAAGCGGCCCAGAGGGUCAGAAUGCGUGCGAUGCUGCGAUCCUCCUGAGCGCAUUUCAGCAUACCCCAUGUACCAGCCCAUGCCUCAGAUCAACGUUACCAUCCUGAAAGGUGAGAAAGGGGACCGUGGUGAACGUGGCCCCCAAGGGAAGCUGGGCAAGGCUGGUUCUACGGGAAGCAGGGGCCAGGCAGGCCUCAAGGGGCAGAAGGGGAACAUAGGGGCCCCAGGGGAGCGGGCCAAGACCAACUAUGCUGCCUUUUCAGUGGGCCGAAGAAAACCCUUGCACAGCAACGACUACUACCAGACUCUUGUCUUUGACACCGAGUACGUGAACCUCUAUGGACACUUCAACAUGUUCAUGGGCAAGUUCUACUGCUAUGUGCCCGGCAUCUACUUCUUCAGUCUCAAUGUGCACACCUGGAACCAGAAGGAAACCUACCUGCACAUAAUGCACAAUGGGGCUGAGGCGGCCAUCUUGUACGCCCAGGCCAGCGACCGAAGCAUCAUGCAGAGCCAGAGCCUCAUGCUGGAGCUGCAGGACCAGGAUGAAAUCUGGGUGAGGCUCUUCAAGGGUGAGCGCGACAAUGCCGUCUUCAGCGAUGAAUACGAUACAUACGUUAUUUUCAGCGGGUACUUAAUCAAACCCAACUCUGAGCCUUGAAUCUGCUGAAAGAUGGACAAAAUAUGGCCAAUAACGUCACCUGGCUCUAACCUUGUACUGUUUCUCUACUUGCUGAUUUCUAACCCUACUUAUCUACCAUAACCCAGCCUUGACCUCUGAUAUGACCUUUAUCCUCAUCAAACAAUCACCCCACUUUCCCUGGACAAGGUUUUUCCCUGCUUCAAACCUCUGGUCCUUCUUUCUUCCCUCUGCCCACAAGUCUUAAGCCUUAAGUUGGCGUCAAUAUUCCCAGUCAGAUCGUCACACUAAUCUAACUUCUGCUCUUAUGGGACUGACUACCCAUGCACAAUCAUUCCCUCUGCUCUAAGACUGGGACUCACACCCUCCUAGAUAAUAAUGACACUUCUUCUAUGCAAGUGUCCUUAGACUGAUUUUCUUAUUUUAUUCUUGCUUUGCCAUUCUCAACCUUUGAAAACACAUGUCCUGCUAGAAUCCUCCCUUGCCCCUCCACAAAAUAUUUAAAACAGGAUUGCACAAUUUCUGUUCACGCUGACCUCAAGGCUUGGCCCUUUCUGUACUGUGUUCAUUAUCAAGAGGAAUUAAAAUUUUAAAAAGAAAGAAGGGGAAACAAACAGCAGUAAUAUGCAGAUAAUACGAAUAAUACCAGUAGAACACCAGCAGUUCCCAUUGUAGAUGCAGUGACUAUCAGAAGAGGAAUGUUAAACAUAUAAGAUGAUAGAAGCCUUCCAGAUGCCCAAGGAGGUAUCCACAUUGAAUUGGUGCUUAUAUGAAAUAACCAGGGCAGUGAAGACCUCAGACCACUGUGCAAUAGACAGCAUGUAUUUAUCCUUCCGGACUUGAAACAAAACCCACUUUUGUUGCCUGGUUCAGUCAUUCUUAGGAAGAUAGGAAUCUCUCUUAUAUGAAGUCAGACAACUGGUCAGUCUAGUUCAUUGCUACCUACACUGACUGGAAGCAGCUCUCCAGGGUUUCAGGAAGACGUCUCUCCACGACCUUCCCAGAGAUGCUUGAGACUGAACCUGGGAUCUGCAACCAAAGCAGCUGCUCCACCACCACCGGAUCUCACUACUAGAUCCCGGCUGGGCAAGGGCCUUAUCUAUUGUCCAUUGUUUAUGCCCAUUGUGGGGAAACCUCUGGUCUGUGGGCCCAGAAUCUCAGAACUGUAGAGUUGGGACCAUGAGGAACAUCUAGUCCAACCCCACGCAAUGCAGGAAUCUUCUGGCCCUGAGAUUAAGUGUCUCAAGCUCUGCCAACUGAGCUAUCCCUAAUGAGUUGUUCCGAAUGGCCCACUAGGCUGUUUAUUGACAAACAAUUUAAAAAAAAUAUUUUUGAUGUCAUCUGUUAAUCAGGCCCCUUCUAUUUGCUGUUGACCUCUGACGUUUAGGCUGUCAGUUUCAUUUCAGAUUUUAAGUCUCAAGAGUUUUCAGCAAUGCAACUGUGCCUCCUUCCAUGCUUCCUCUUCCCGGACCUUAUCAAUAUCCUUAAUCUGCUCUCUCCUUCCACCUCCUCCCUUGUUAUCUGUAAAUACCUCCUUCUCUAACCUUGGCAAAUAUUCUUCUCUUUACUCAGCGUGACACACAUUAGUGCCUGAACGCCCAGCCCUAUUCACUGAGCCAGUUUGGAAUACAUGGUGUGGUUUGCUGCAAAGGGCACUCGCCCUUUUCUUCCUGGAAAUAUGGGAGUUGGAGGUGCCAAUCCAUUCAGAUGCUUCCUGUCUAUACAUUUGCCCGUUUCUGGACUGCAUUCUGCAAACAGCUUAGCACCAAGGCAGCAGUAUUUCACCAAGUUCUAUCUUCCAUACCCCAAGCUGCCGUCUCAGUUCCUUGGCAUGAGGUUAGCCAUACACCAUGAGUGAAGUGAGCAGAGUUCAAUGGUUUACUGAACAAGGCUCUGUUGGUAUCCAAGCCUCCCUGCUGGACAGGGAAGGCCUGCAAUGUCUGGCCUGCCUCUACUGCCAGCAUCCUUGUUCCAGGCAGGCACAGUAAAAUAAGAAACCUGUCCCUGUAGAACAAAACAGGGAGAAAGCUAUACAAUUGUUUAGCAUUGAGCACCAUAGGGUCCUGUUAGCCGUGCAUUUAUUUUUGAGGAGUCUUUCCAAGCUGAACAAAUCCUCCUGUUCCUGCUGCAUUCUACUGCCACCAAACACUCCUGUGAGCAGUUGGGCCUGAGCACAUCUUUCAUAGUGAUGUGAAGGUCCGGGGGGGGGGGGGCGAAAUGGAAAACUGCAACAGCAAACAGGUUUUCCACCAAUUCUCUAUAUAUGUACACACACCUGUCCACAUCAGGACCUCGAGAGGGCAUUAGAGGGCUUGACCCCUUUACCCACUGCAGCAGACCCAAUCCAGAUCAGGGUCCCUGCUGCUAUUUGCAUGGGAAGGGAAACUUCCAUGGAUUCAAAAUGGUGAAAGCAAUUGCAGUUUCUGUUUCUGGCAGCCCCCAUCAUUUUUACUGGGCCUGACAGGAAGCUGCUAUGCCCUGCAGGCAUCCAGACCCAGAGUCUCUUGGCUAGGUCUGCUGAUUAGGCCUUCGACUUGGGGGAUGUGCGUUUUACGCCAUGUUUUACAUUUUUGUGCCAUGGAAUUCACUAAUUCUGCUUUUGCAUUAAACCUACAGAAGCAAUUAGAACAACUAAGCAAUACCUUGGCAAACCUUCCUUUUCAACUCUGCUCUUUCUCAUGUACAGGAAUUACAUUUUUACACAAGCACUCCACAACUCCUGGAAGGGCUGGUACCUUGUACCACAAAGGUAUGGUUUUGCAUAUGAGGAAAGAGACCCCAAGGGUUUUAAAUUAUGAGCCCGUGACUCAUAAAUUUAAAGCACAUACCCCCCCCCAAACAAUCAUGGGAACUUAGUUUCCCCCCUCAGCACUAUAAUUCCCAGCACCAAACUACAAUUCCCAGAACUCUUUGGUUGAGGAAAUGUGCUUUAAAUGUAUGGUGUGUACGCAGGCCUGCUGAGAACCACAGUUCCAAAUGAAUAAAAAUCGCAGCGAUUCUGUUGUGAAAUUCUCACACUAAUUUCUUUUUGUUUUUGGUGCUCUUAAAACAUGUGCAAGGAAGGUGUCCUCAGAACAUUGUCAACAUUGAAUGCGUAUCUUUCUAAUUUGGUAGCGUUAACUUCUCUGGCACAAUAAUUUGGAUCUCCCAACUCACCCCUGUCUCCUCCAUGCCUCGGCCUAGCCCUUGUUCAAACCAAACACACUGUCCAGAACACCCCUGCUGAACAUGUGUGUGGUGAGGUCACAUUCUUAGGGAAUGGGAGUGGGGAGGCCAGGAGAGAAAGAUGGGGGAGAGGUGGGGAAGGAACUGGCCACCAAGCGGAUGUGCUAAUACUAUUAUUGGCAGAAGUGCUGUGGAACCAGGAAAGGAUGAAGUCACUUGCUUAGCAGCCAAGGGAAACAUUCUGAGGGACAGGCCUUCAUGGUCAGCUUCUGAGUCCCAUGCCCAGAGUGGCACCUGUUAACAAAGCACAGAGCUCACCCAGAAUACCAUGCUAUUUCUGAGGGACAGCCUGGCUUUGCCAUCAUGGGCAGACAGCUUUGCUGACGAGUCUAGUGACACCGUAACACACAGUUAUUUCACGCACAGCAUGCCUUUUCUCAAUAGCUUCUCUGCUGAACAAAACAGGCUUGGCAAAUGCUUAUUUUGAGCCGGAGCUCACCUAGGAACAGGAUAUUUUCAUAUCACUCAUUAGUUGGGAUUCAUUUUUCUCUGCAACCGUAGAUAACCUGAAGGGAAUAAUACUUCUGAGCAGGCUCAGAGUGCAUGCUCCUCUUAAGUCACCACAGCCAGCCUCCAUAAUUUUGGAAACCUGUGAAGUGCUUAGACUUUGUCAAUCAGAGCUAUGUCCCAGAAUGCCACUUUCCACAAAUUAAGCGUGGUAUCCUUCCCCCCACCAACUUCCGCCUUCUCCUCUGAGAGCCGGUUGCUUGUAUGUUGUGACAGCUUGGGCUGUGGCUUUAUGUUUUUCAUGCUCUCCCCUAACUCUGUGAAUGCUACCAGACUGCACCCUGGACACCAUAUAGACAACCUCAAUAGCAUCAUGGCAGGGAUAAGCACUGCUUUGACUUCCCAGUUGUUUGUGCUGCAUCCUCAGUUAGGAAUGCCUUUGUAAUCUUGUUCUGCCUGCCUUCAAAAUAGCUCCCACCUAAGACCUAAAUGUUAAUGAUCCCAUUGGUAGCCAUCAAUUUAAUCAAAGACCAAUGGUUAACAAUAUGUAUACACGCCUCCCAGAGAAGCCAUGGAUCCAAAAUAAAAAAGGAACAAGCAAACAAGUAGAAGCUGUAUAUAUUUUGCCCUUUUCUUCCUCUAUUGUGAUAAAUGGUUGAAUAAUAAACAUAUCUAUCUGUCU